ACACUGGACACCUUUAACACCAUAAGCUGUAAAACAAUAAAUGAUACGCAUGCGCAGUACGGCUCGGGCGUCGUCGUAAAAACUGUGAAGAACUCUACGCAUGCGCAGUGCAAACCGACCAGAUUGGUUAGUAACAAAUGCGGUCAGGUAACAGUAGGGAUCUCUGCGUGUUUCUCUACCAGCUGUGUUUCUCUCUCGAUGGAUGGAUGGGAAGAACGGGAGGGUGUGUGAAAGACGACUAAAAUGAAAGGAGGAUGUGUAAAAGGUGAGCGGACGCCAACUCGGAGCAGCUGAUGGAUGCCGCGGCUCCUCUGGCUCACGCCAUGGAGAAGGAGGAUGCGGAUGGAGAGGCUGAUGGGCUCUCGCUGGAGGAGAUCUUAACGCUGUACGACCAGCCGAUCAACGAGGAGCAGGCAUGGGCGGUGUGUUAUCAGUGCUGUCAGGAUUUAUCCGGUUCGGAUCAGCCCAGGGUUGUCAGAGGACCAGGAGAUGUCAGGAUCCAUAAAGACGGCACUGUCGGGUUACAAAGAUCUCCAGGGAAGGAGCACUCUGCGUCCGCUGUGGUCACGAAUGUAAUUGAGUCUCUGGGCAUUAUGAUCUACAAAGCUCUGGACUAUGGCCUGAAGGAGCAUGAGGAGAGAGAACUUAGCCCACCUCUCGAGCGGCUGAUCGACCUCAUGACCAACACGACCGAGCUGAACCCUGACCCCUGCCCUGACGAAGGCUACGAAGCCACCGAGGAUGAGGAGGAAGAAGAGCUCAGCCAGAGAAGAGGGAGUCGCCACUACCGAGAUGUUCUUAAGCUGUGCACGAUGCACCUCCCGAGGCCGACCGAUGCCCCUGAUCACUACCGGGCCGUGUGUCGCGCACUCUAUGCUGAAACCAUGGAACUGCGGACGUUUCUGGAAAAAAUUAGGAGUGCAAAAGAGAACCUGCGGAAGAUGGAAGACAACAAAACUGCCAAUUCAGCCAGAGACCUGAAUGAGCUCGAGAACGAAGACUGGGCGAGGUUCUGGGUGCAGGUGAUGAGGGACUUGAGGACCGGCGUGAAGCUGAAGAAGGUGCAGGAACGGCAGUAUAACCCUCUGCCCAUCGAGUUUCAGCUCACACCCUACGAGAUGCUCAUGGACGACAUCCGCGCCAAACGCUACACACUGCGCAAAGUCAUGGUGAACGGAGACAUUCUUCCUCGGUUAAAGAAGAGCGCACAUGAAGUCAUCCUGGAGUUCAUCCGAUCCAGACCGCCCCUCAAUCCUGUGGCAGCACGUAAGCUGAAGCCUCAGGUGGAACGUCCUCCGAGCCUCCAUGAAAGGAUCCUGGAGGAGAUCAAAUCCGAGAGGAAGCUCCGCCCAGUGUCACCUGACCAGAUUCGCAGGAGCAAUCUGGUAAUUCGGCCGCUUAGCACGUCUCAGAGUUUUGACUCGUCAGAUGUCUCCGCCCCUGACGCAGCGAGGAAGGCAUCCAGCUCGCUCUCCUUAGCUAAUGGCUCGUCACUCCAGGCAAACAGCACCAGCGGCUUCCAGAGGAAGAGACUCCAUGCCCCCACUCUCGCCGAACUGGGCAGCUCAGACUCAGACGAUGAGACGGUGGGUCAAAGGUCAGCCAGCAGCUCCAGCAUCUCCACACCGAUAGCUGAGGACACAUCGCCGGAGUCUGUGUUGGGAAAGAAGACUCCGCCCAUGUUCCUGCCCAUCUCCUCCACACCGCAGCCGGAGAGGAGGCAGCCGGCACAGAGGAGACACUCCAUAGAAAAGGAGACGCCCACAAAUGUCCGGCAGUUCCUCCCUCCAUGCAGACAGAGCUCCAGAUCCUUAGAGGAGUUCUGCUUCCCGGUGGAGUGUUUGGCCCUCACGGUGGAGGAGGUGAUGCACAUCCGGCAGGUCCUGGUUAAAGCCGAGCUAGAGAAGUUCCAGCAGUACAAAGAGAUCUACAACGCUCUAAAGAAAGGAAAGCUCUGCUUCUGCUGUCGGACUAAACGGUUCUCCUUCUUCACCUGGUCUUACACCUGCCAGUUCUGCAAAAGACCGGUGUGUUCACAAUGCUGUAAGAAGAUUCGGUUGCCCUCUAAGCCGUAUAGCAGUCUACCCAUCUACUCUCUGGGACCAUCCACUUCCACGCUGUCCCGGGGCAAAUCAGAGAAGACGAGCACAAGCCAGCGCCGGCCUAGCCUUCAGCGCACCAUGAGCAGACUGUCCAAGUCAUCACGUCAGGCCUCAGCGUCGUCCUCACGCGAGGACAUCGAGCUCCCUAAGGAGCUCACUGAAGACUGGAGCACCAUGGAGGUGUGUGUGGACUGUAAGAGUUUCAUCUCAGACAUCAUCUCAUCCAGCAAGCGCAGCCUUUCCUUGGCCACCAAACGUGGCCGAAUGAAGUGCAAGACUCACUCAUUCAACGAGCCCUCAGCCACGGGAUCCGAGUACCGGCCGUCUGAGAGAACCAUUCAUGAAGUCUAAAUCACGUAUUUAAAGAAAUACAACUUGGACUAGACCGAGAUACUUCCUAAAGUGGAGUCCUCCUGGAGUACCCUCUGUUUGUCCUGGAGUUUACUACAACGUGAGCUGUUGACUGUGUAACAUGAUGGCCAUAAAAUCCUUUUAAACAUGUAAGACGUAUUAACAAGAUUUGUUCAGGUGUACGUACAAGUAGGCAUGUGCCGAUAAUCACUUAGAUUCUGUGUGGAGAUAUGUUGCGGUGUCCACAAUAACAACGUGUUGCAUAUCUUCUAAGAGUUAGUUGUUCUUGUGGACGCUUCAGAAUAUCUCCACACCCCCUGAGCUCCUGAGAUUAAAGUCUGUCAAAUUCAGAAAGCAGCAUAAGGACAGCCGUCUUACAGAGACCCUUUAUUUUGGACAAAUGUAAAAGAGAGAAGAAAGGCAGUACCAUAAUGGUUCACUGGAAGGUUUAAAAUGGUGGACAGAACUGUUGCUUUGACUCAGGAAUACAUUUACGCAAAUGUUAAUUCAUAUUUUUGCCUUUAAAUAUACAUGAUUAUUCAUGAUAGGCAUGAGUUGUUGACGAAUUAAGUUUUUUUUUAAAAAAUGUAAUCACCCAAAUAAAUGCUUGUUUUACUUUAAAAUACUGUCCCUGGUGCCUGUCAGAAGCACCACUGAACAUGAGACAAAGCAAGUUUAUUGAUCGGAGGGUGCCAAUACUUUAUUAUUUAUGAGAAAUUUAUAAACAAUUGUGCAAAAACGUUGCCGUAUUCACACUACAAGAGACUAUCGCUUUGUGAGGUGAUCUUUAUCAGUACAUUUAUUUAAUGUAUUUAGUCAGCUGCUAUUUUUUUUGCUUGCUGUUUAACACCGCUGCUAAGCAACUGGGACAUGUGAAUGCUACGAAUGGAGGCUAGUUACUGAGUGAGGUGAAGAAUUUAACUAGCUAGCUAGCAUGUAACCAGCAAGUCUUUUAUUGUAGGGAAUGUAAACAGAGAGAGAACGCAGAAACCAGACCAGGUUGUCGAGAAUAUCAACAUUUACCGCAGAUGUGCUGGGAAAUUACUUUAAAAAAUGCUCUAAACAGAUAAAAUCACGCUCUAAAUACAGUUAGCGUCAAUUGCUAACUGGGUUUCCGCCUUUUUGAAAAAUGGCGACAUGGGGUGAUUAAAGCUAACAGAAAAUAUCCGAAGGAGUGUAUACCGGGUUGUUUGUGUGGAAUUUUCUCAUCGAUAUGGCAAACCCAGUACCUUAUCCGAAUUUAGAAAUAUUAUCAGUGAAUAAAAGGUAGCAUUGUGAAGACAUUUUUUGACUGGAACCUUCUCCAUGGCCAUGGUAUAAAACUGAUUAUGGGCACAUGUCUUGUCAUAUGCUAUGAUGUGUGUAAUGUACAACAGGGUGAACUGAAAAAAAACCUACGUUUUGUCUUGUAAAUAUGUAUAUUUGCUGCAGGUGUACAGACCGUCGAUCAAGCUGUAUUUAUUUUUAUAUGAAUCGGGUGACAUGCUGUAGUUUGGCCACUGAUGUGAGAUGUUGUAAUGAUGCCUUGUUGCCAGUCCCAGUCCAAAUCCCCUUUAUUAAUCCAAUCCCAGUUACAGAGUGAUGAGAAUCUAACAAUGUCAGUAAUGUUCUCAGCAGUUUGAUGUGAAGUGUCACUGGUAGCCAUGUUGAUCUGCUACUAAAUAUAAAGUCCUGACUUUCUUUUCAGUAGUGCAUGAUGGGUCUACAUUCCUCCACAUUUCAUACUUUAGCAUACCGUAUGUAGGCCAUCAUUUGUUUGUAUUUCUCUAUGUGACCAUUGUCAAUAAUAGUAUUAAUUGAAAUAACUGAUCGUUUUUCUUUCGUAUAAAUAACCUAAUUGUGCAGGUUUUCUGUUUUUUUUUCUCUCUCUCUCUCUUUUCUUUUUUUAUAUUUCUACCUAACCUGCAUACCAUAAGCUGUUAAUUUGCCUUAAAGCCACUGACUUUCUCAGUUAUUGUAAUCUUGUUUUACUCUACAGAACUGGACUUUGACAUAUGAUUGACAUGGUUUUUAGUGACGGUGGUUUUCUAAGUCGAGGGUUCUCUAAUAAGCACAACACAUUUAUUUUUCAAAAUACCCUGGGAGAUGAUUUGCCAAAUCAAUAUUAGCGCAUUCUGGAAGCCAAAAAUGUCAUUUAAAUGAAAUGGAGCAUAACAAUAACAAAAAUCCUUUUGUAUCUUAACUAAUACCUUCUUUAUUGACCCUGAAUCGUUUGACAGCUUUACUGUGUUUACGUGUUAUCACGUUAUUCUUUUAAAACAGAGUUACCGAGACUUGGAAAUGCAUUAAAUUUACAUUAAAAAUGACAUUUUAUGAAUUAUAUGAAUGAGGUAAUAUACUAAGAAAAAGUACACAGACAACACAAUAUUAUUUUUUUCAGCUAGUGAUAGUGUUUUUUUGUUUCCAGAGAAAUGUUUCUUGCAUUUAAUCUUUAUAUACUGAAUUUUUUAUUAUUUUUUUUUGCUUCAUAAUUAUUGCCUUUCUCUGUCCCAUAAAGCAAAUGAUGGUUCACAGAUUCCCUAAAAACCAAAUGCACAACUACUUCUUGAGUACUACGACUGACGCUAAGCACAACAUUACUAAAAUGCACCAAAGUCCUUAGAUAUGAUACGCUAUUUCAACAAGUCGUGUAAGGACUAGCUCACCGGGAGGUUGUAAGUUGAUAUCGCAAGACCGAGAGACACAAAAUGGACCCAUGAGCAAAACCCUCAUCAUUUAAAUAGGCGUUUCUACCAGACGGAAUCUGAGAGAGAAUCAUAUGAAUUUCAGUAUCUGGUGUUAUGCGUUGACCAUAAUGGACUUUCCUCAUGCCUGAAUUUUUUACAAAAGACUUGUGGAACUUGGGCUGUAUAUGUACCUUCACACAAAUGACAACUGGAAAUUGCAUGUACAUCUGUGCUUGUGCAUUGGAUCUGUGACUGUGAUCAUUUUUGUUUCCCAAAAUCUGGAUGAUCAUAAUAAACAAAUGCAAUACCUUCAAA